AUGCUCUCUGCUAACCCUCGCUGUCCACUUAGCCGGCCAGCUGCCGACGACGACCACGACCACAUCGGUUCGAAUAGCUCCACGCCUCCAGGUGCUGCGACACCGCGACCAGACCCUACGGAUAAGCGACUGCCAGGCAUACUUCACAGUUACUUUGGCCAGGUUCGUGAUUCCUUCCGUAAUCACCCAAAUCCACUUUGCGGUGUCGUCACCACCUCUACCGUUCCUGCCGUUCAUAUUUCAAAUCCUGCUACCCGUCGCCCGUCAGAAGCUCUACCGCCUGAUUCCGCUGAUUCCUCUCAUUCUUCUUCUACCACUCAAGAAUGUGUAGAGAAGCUAACUGAAGGCGGUGUCACGCCGCCACUUUCACAGAAUACCCCGCCUCAAACCCCGCGAUCGCAAUCCCACGAGAGCAGAUCUGCUCAAACACCCUCAAAACUCGGAAGGAACGCCUCGACCCAAAGUACCGGUCUCAAGCCACCAAAAGGAAAACUGAGUGUCUCCAUCACCGAAGGUCGUGGACUGCGUCCCAGCAUCGACCCAUAUGUCGUGUGUCAGUUUCAAUGGGCAGAAUACAUAUCAGACGGUCCGCGAGGGGACGCGUCGGCUAAGCGGGAUGGCCACGGCCCUGGUGGCAUCACAAUGAAGCGUACCGAGAGCGACAUGGGACGUCCAAUGGCGAUUCCAAUGCGCAGUCGACAGAGCAGCAACACGGGUAUGAGCUCGGAUCCUAAAGAAAAUGAAAAAUACAUCACGCAGCCCCACUGGGAUCAUGAAGCCAUAUUUGACGUCGUAGGGGACCUGUCGGAAAUUGACGUCUCCGUCUUUGACAAGUCAAACGGCGAAGCAUUCCUGGGCCAUGUACGAUUCUGUCCGAAUCUCGUCGAGUACGAACGACCAAUCGACAGCUGGUUUCCCUUGGUCGCCCGCGAAGGAGAGGCGGAUGAGGUGAGCGGGGAGAUUCAUCUCCGGAUCAACUUCCAAAAGGAUGUUGAGAAGAGGCAUAUCGGCCCUGAAGAUUUCUCAAUCCUCAAGUUGAUCGGCAAGGGCACUUUCGGCCAAGUGUUCCAGGUGAGGAAGAAGGACACACGACGCAUAUACGCCAUGAAGGUUUUGUCGAAAAAGGUCAUUGUACAGAAGAAAGAGGUUGCUCACACGCUCGGUGAGCGCAACAUCCUCGUACGCACCGCCAUGUCCGAUUCGCCAUUCAUUGUCGGUCUCAAGUUCUCGUUUCAGACCCCAGCAGACCUGUACCUAGUAACUGACUUCAUGUCCGGCGGUGAACUGUUCUGGCACUUGCAAAAAGAAGGAAGAUUUCUGGAGGCGCGUGCAAAGUUCUACAUUGCCGAGCUCAUCCUGGCCCUGCAACAUCUGCACAACCACGACAUUGUCUACCGAGACCUCAAACCCGAAAACAUUCUUCUAGAUGCCAAAGGCCAUAUCGCGCUUUGCGAUUUCGGUCUGUCAAAGGCCAAUCUGACCGACGAUGCCACUACAAACACAUUUUGUGGUACCACCGAAUACCUUGCCCCCGAGGUCUUGUUGGACGAGCAUGGCUACACCAAGAUGGUUGACUUUUGGUCGCUCGGUGUCCUCGUCUUUGAGAUGUGCUGUGGCUGGAGUCCCUUCUACGCCGAAGACACGCAGCAGAUGUACAAAAAUAUCGCAUUUGGAAAGGUUCGCUUCCCGCGCGACGCUCUCAGCACAGAAGGCAGGAAUUUUGUCAAAGGCCUUCUCAACCGUAACCCGAGGCAUCGUCUGGGAGCAACCCGCGAUGCCGAAGAACUCAAGGCUCAUCCAUUCUUUGCAGACAUUGAUUGGGUAGCACUGGCAAAGAAGAAUGUUGCACCGCCAUUCAAGCCAAAGUUGAAGUCUGAGGAAGACACGUCCAACUUCGAUCCCGAAUUCACGAAUGCACUCAACGGAGGCGUUGGUUCCUUGAAUGCCCGCGCUGCCGCGUUGACUUCUGGUGCUCACCCCGCCUCUACCCCGCUAUCACCUACCAUGCAGGCAAACUUCAAGGGAUUCACCUUUGUUGACGAAAGUGCAAUGGACAGACAGUUUGGUGGCAGAGACGUGAUGGACCGAAUGGAAGAAGACGAUGAUGAUGACUGGGACAAGCAUUACUCGAACCCAAAGGCUUACAACCGUAUGAGCGGCAUCAUUUCCAACGACAAUGAUGACAGUUUCUUCGGCAGUGGCCGUCUCGACGACGUGUGAGCCCGAAUCAUUUGUACACUCUGUCCGGGCGAAUGAUGAGUUUUGGUGGCAUUCCUUGGCGUCCAAAAGUUUGACCUCCCCUUUGGAGGCUCCCCCCUUGACACACAUUUUCACCCAGGCAACAGCUCGCAUAAUCCUGACCUGGCCAUUACGCAAACGCGCACUUCGAGUCAACCGGACCAAGAACUACCAAUUCGUAAUUACCCUCCCUCACUUCCGUUACAUUCAGUCAGCAAAGUUCGGAGGAUCAUCAGCAGGCCACAUCAGCUUCAACGAUGAUGCAUUGGUCGACCUAUCGUAUCUCAUAUAUAUAUAUGAAGGAGGCAGGCAAUUAUUGAUACCCAUGCUGUUCCA